ACGUGUGCAGCUCGUUUUAUAUUUUCCCUUUUGGCUAAUACUCGCGUAUAUUUAUAGGCGGCUUGAUAACAGAGCCAGUGGAAAUUUUCAAAAUCACUCUCGCGGCGGCGAGAGAUGAUGUGCGAUGCGUCGUAUAUAGCGAGCUUUUAAUCCUUUUAGAUUUGUAUCGGGUUUCGCGCGCGCGCGUCUCUGGUAACCGAGGAGGAGUCGCGAUGAAUCGAGUUGAUGGAUGGAACAAUAGGGCUAUUAUCUCGAGAGCAAAUUGUUUAUUUAUCGAUUUAACCUUUGCCGUGUGUGUAUAGGUUUAGUACUAUAGAGGACUUGGCGAAAAGAAAUCCAAACGCAAAAGCGCAAACAUUUGCAAAUCCGCACUCGUAAAACGAUUUAUAAAUCCGCACACACGGAAGCAGAAGCGCGUUGUUAAUUUUCAAAACGACAAGACCCACGUGAUCCUGGCAAUAAAGCCCUCUCCAAUAUAACGAUAACGCUCGCGCGCGUGUGACACUCAGCUCGCGUCGAGUGUGCAUUAUUAUUGGAAGCUUUAAAAAAAAAAAGUCCGGUAGUUUUAACCGUUCUGCCGCACCGUAACGACUGUUCAGUAAGAACAACGGUGUGCCACUCGUAGUUUUGGCGAGUCGCGACUCGUAAAAUUGGUCGCUUACGCGGGACACCAGCAAAAACGACCGAACUGAUUCUUUAAAACUGCUGAACUCUACGGUAAUCUUGGCGAGUCUUCGUACAAUGACGGAUUACUGGUGCGAGUUCAGUUAAAAUGGCUGUGUUUUUCUUCAGUGUAGUAGCUCUCACUUACUCGAUAAUAAUGUCGCUCUGCACAUGAAGUGUCCUUGAAUCGGAUGCACAUGCCGAGCGCUGGACUCGCGUGCAUUUCUCUCUACGAUGACACUAGCGUGCGAUGUGUGUGACGGCGACGAUGUCGGGAGCAUAAUACGAUAAAUAGAGAGAGAGAGAGAGAGAGAGAGAGAGAGAGAGAGAGAGAGAGAGAGAGAGAGAGAGGGAGAGAGAGAGAUGCUUGAGAGUAUUAAUAUAAGUGGCAGAAAAAAGCGACGGAUAACGCAAAUCAUCGCGACCUUCACCCUCGAAAUUCUGUCCCACAUUUUCAUAUGUACGGCGAUCUUUAUAGCUAAAAAGUUCGACGCAGCUGUCGAAAAUUUCUACUGCGCACACACGCGCGAACUUUCUUAUCGCUUCUCGGUAAUUGCCAAACUUUCACCGACGAUGAGUCGUCGAGAAAAAAAUAGUAGGAGGUACAGCGUGUGUACGGAAAAAAAUACAAACACGUUGCUCAAAGAUUCUUCGUUGUCGGUUCCCGGGGGGUCUCGUCACGGGGAAGCACGGACAGAUCCGAGAAAUCGCUCCUCUCUUUGUUUACGCCGCCAAAAUUUCUCCAGUUGGAAGAGUCAUUUUCCAAAAACAAUAGCGCUGUCUCGCCUUUCCAAGGAAAUGUUUAUCGCGAGAAGCUCCUCGAUAUAAAUAACAAUCUGUAAUCCUCGCCGAUACACACACACACUGUAAAUUUAGAUCGUUUCCCGCGCUAUCUGUUACGUACGUUAAUUCCAAAAAAAUUAUUUGUCAUUCCGAUAAGAGGUCGUUUUUUCAAUAGAGUCGUUAUACUAGAACGCAGAUACCCCCGCUUCUCCAAAGGCAUAGACUCCGCUUUUAGACUCUCCUCGUUAAUAUACCACAAAAUACUCCUCCGACACGUCUUAUUUUCGGGCUCGGGGCUAUCAAAACACACAUGAACGAAGAGUGGAGUUUUCCGAUCGUUAUCGCAGCCACUUACACUUCUCCCCGAGAGACGCACCUGCGCAUACACAAAGGACUCGCUCUUUUUCUCUUUCUCACUCGAUUUAGCGCGAAAAAAGGCUUCUACGCGAAAGAGCGUCACGCACAUACACAUUCCGAUUCGCGGGGGGUAGCAUAGAUCGCAUACGCACACUCGGCGAGAUAAACAUAUAUCGAGAGUCUUUCGCCUGGUGGGGGGAACCGGCGGCGACUACUGCGCGCUUGCAGCCGGAGAGCUUUAGCACAGACUCCAGUUUGGCUUCGCGCUUCAACCCGACACCAUCGCCCGGCUCGUCCUCCCUCAUUUUUGUGCGUCAAGACUUUCGUCGCUCUGACUUGCAGACUCGCAGACCAGACGACGAGAAUAUUUGAAGGAAAAGUGACGCACAGAUCCGUUGCACGACGUUGAGGCGAGAUAGAGAGAAAAAGGCGAGGAGAGACGAGCCAACUUGGUCGACUGUCAGCCAGAUCCAGCGUAGACUGCGGCAGGCGACCUUGAACGAUCGAUCUAACUAACUAAGCGCAUACUUGCAACGGCGAUACACAGCAGAGCGAAGAGAAUUUAUCGAGGUUCCAAGUAUGAGCUACGGCGAGUCCUGGUCACUUCCGGCCAAGCAGGGUCUGUACGAUCCGACGCUCGAGAAAGAUGCCUGCGGUGUCGGUUUCAUCGUUGCCAUUGAUGGCAAACGUUCCCACAAAAUCGUACGCGAUGCCGAGAAACUGUCGGCGCGUAUGAACCACAGAGGCGCCUGCGCCUGCGACAACGAUACUGGUGACGGUGCCGGUGUACUCGUCGCUAUACCACAUCAGUACUACGCCGACGAGCUUCGAGAGCAGCAGGGGAUCGAGCUCCCGGAGUUUGGACGCUACGCCACUGGAAUCCUCUUUCUGGACAAGAGCACCCAUAAGGAGACCGAGGCCGCCUUCGAGAAGAUCGCCAAGGAGGCUAACUUGAGAGUUAUUUGUUGGCGCGACGUUCCCACAGACAACUCUCAUAUUGGCCGAGUGGCGAAAAAAUGCGAGCCUUACAUGCGCCAGGUCUUCGUGACCGGCGAUCAAGAAGUCGAGGCCUUGAACCGUCAGGUGUUUGUACUGCGAAAGAAAUCGUCGCACAUCAUACCGAAGCCGGGUUUGAGGUACUACAUCUGUUCCUUGUCCUUAAAGACUGUCGUCUACAAAGGACAACUCACGGCCGAUCAAUUAUGGCUCUACUUCACCGACUUACAGUCGCCAAAAUUCGAAACCUACCUGGCACUCGUGCACACGCGCUUCUCCACAAAUACUUUUCCAAGCUGGGAGAGAGCUCAUCCGCUUCGAUUGCUCGCUCACAAUGGAGAGAUCAAUACGCUGCGGGGUAACGUGAACUUUAUGAAGGCCCGAGAGGGUGUGAUGCGCAGCAGCUUAUUCGGCGAUCAGCUGAAGGAUCUCUACCCGGUUGUGGAACCCAAUCUCUCCGACUCGGGCUCGGCGGAUUGUGUGCUCGAGUUUCUCGUCAUGGCUGGACAACGCUCCUUACCUGAGGCCGUGAUGACAAUGGUUCCAGAAGCUUGGCAAAACGACUUGACGAUGGCAACGGAGAAACGCGACUUCUAUCAUUGGGCGGCAUGUACUAUGGAACCGUGGGACGGUCCCGCUCUGCUCACCUUCACCGACGGCCGCUACGUUGGUGCUAUCUUGGACAGAAAUGGCCUGCGCCCAUCGCGCUUCUACGUCACUAAGGAUAAUAUGAUGGUGAUGGCGUCCGAAGUGGGCGUCUAUGACACUCCGCCUGGAAAUGUUGUCCUGAAGAGUCGCUUGAAGCCUGGCAGGAUGCUGCUGGUUGACACUGAAGAAAAGCAAAUCAUUCAGGACGUGGAACUGAAACUGAAAAUUGCUCGAAGCAGGCCGCACUCUCAAUGGUUAAAAAAUCAGAGGAUAACCAUGGAUGACUUUCGCAAUGCUCACACUGGUGGUGAAAGCAAUGGUGUGGAUGCUGAUAACUUCACUCAAUCGUUGGUUCCCAAGAAUGGACUUUCAAAAGCGGAUGGAGUUUCCGCUGUCAACCGUGUCUGGGGAGGUGACAAACGUAUUGCUCUGUUUGGCUACACUCUUGAAACGAUCAACCUUUUGCUUCUGCCAAUGAUCAAGACCAAGAAAGAAGCUCUUGGUUCAAUGGGUAACGAUGCACCAUUGGCAUGUUUGUCUGAAUUCCAACCACUACUCUACGAAUACUUCAAGCAACUAUUUGCUCAAGUAACAAACCCGCCAAUCGAUCCGUUCAGAGAAAAAAUCGUAAUGUCACUUUUAUGCCCCAUUGGUCCAGAGAGUAACAUUUUAGAACCCAAUGAAAUGUUCGUACAUCGUUUAUUUUUAGAACAACCUAUUUUAUCUCUGCACGAUCUUGAAGUGAUCAAGAAGACUAGCUACCGUGGCUGGAAAGCUCAAGUCAUUGAUUGUACUUACCCUAAAUCAGAAGGCCCAUCUGGUUUGCUCAAGACUCUGGACAGAGUUUGCAAGGAAGCUAACGUAGCUGCCAGAGCUGGAUUCCAACUGAUUGUUUUGUCAGAUAGACAAGCAGGACCCGAAAGAGUACCCGUUAGCAUCUUGAUGGCACUUGGAGCUGUUCACCAUCAUUUAAUUGAAGAGAGACAGCGUAUGAAAGUCGGUAUUAUUUUAGAAACUGGCGAAGCACGUGAAGUACAUCACAUUUGCGUCUUGCUCGGCUAUGGAGCUGACGGAAUUUGCCCAUACUUAGUCUUUGAAAUGGCUCAGAACUUGAGAGCUGAUUUUGUCUUGGACGAAUCUAUGACUGAUGAUCUCAUUUAUAAGUGCUACUCUGAAGCCAUGGAACGAGGUAUCGCAAAAGUAAUGGCAAAGAUGGGAAUUUCAACCCUACAGUCUUACAAAGGAGCCCAAAUCUUUGAAGCUGUAGGCUUAGCCGAUGAAGUGAUCGAGAAGUGCUUCAAAGGUACAUACUCACGAAUUGGUGGCGUCGACUUUAACAUUUUGGCUCGAGAAGGCUUUUCUAGACAUCGAAUUACCUACUGGGACGACAGCUUUGACACCGUUGUUAUCCAUAACCCUGGUACCUAUCACUGGAGAGCUGGAGGAGAGAAGCACAUCAACGAUCCUCGCAGUAUUGCUAGCUUACAGGAAUAUGUGAACUCGAAGAACUCAAGUGCGUACGAAAAUUACCGCAAGACCUCCAUGGAAGUUGUUCAAGCCUGUACUCUUCGAGGACAGCUUGAAUUUGUCAAAGACAAAACUGCUGUCAACAUCUCACUUGUGGAACCAGCAUCUGAGAUAGUAAAACGCUUUGCUACCGGCGCCAUGAGUUUCGGAAGUAUCUCAUUGGAGGCUCAUCAAACUUUGGCCAUUGCGAUGAACAGAAUCGGAGGCAAGUCCAACACUGGCGAGGGUGGUGAGAACGCUGAUAGAUACUUGAACCAAGAUCCUCAGUUCAACAGACGUUCGGCUAUCAAGCAAGUUGCCAGUGGUCGGUUUGGCGUUACUUCAAGCUAUCUGGCUAAUGCUGACGAUCUGCAAAUUAAAAUGGCUCAAGGAGCUAAGCCCGGUGAAGGUGGCGAAUUACCAGGUUACAAGGUGACUGCUGACAUUGCUGCUACCAGGCACUCUGUGCCAGGAGUCGGUCUCAUUUCUCCACCACCUCAUCACGAUAUCUACAGCAUCGAAGAUUUGGCUGAACUGAUUUACGACUUGAAAUGCGCAAAUCCAGAAGCCAGAAUAUCUGUGAAACUGGUUUCCGAGGUUGGAGUUGGUGUAGUUGCGUCUGGUGUAGCCAAGGGUAAAGGUGAACACGUUGUUAUCUCCGGUCACGACGGUGGUACGGGUGCUAGCAGCUGGACUGGAAUCAAAUCUGCUGGUCUUCCAUGGGAGUUAGGUGUCGCCGAGACCCACCAGAUACUCACCUUGAACAAUCUUCGUUCGCGUAUGGUUGUCCAAGCUGAUGGGCAAAUGCGCACUGGGUUCGAUAUUGUCGUCGCAGCUCUACUCGGUGCCGACGAAUUUGGUCUCAGCACUGCUCCAUUGAUUGCUAUGGGAUGUACCAUGAUGAGAAAGUGUCACUUGAAUACCUGUCCGGUGGGAAUUGCCACACAAGAUCCUUACUUGAGGAAGAAGUUUGCUGGCUCUCCCGAACAUGUGAUUAACUUCUUCUUUGCCUUAGCUGAAGAAGUUCGAUCUAUUAUGGCUUCUUUGGGUAUAACCAGAUUCCAAGAUCUCAUUGGUCGUACAGAUUUACUUAAAGUCCGAGACGAUAUUAAGCUAUUCAAGGCUAAAACCCUGGACCUCUCGAUGAUUCUGCGUAGUGCCCUGGAACUAAGACCUGGCGUCAACAUCAAGGGUGGAAGCGUUAAGCAAGACUUCCAGUUGGAACAGCGACCCGAGAAUGCACUUAUUGAGAAAUGCAGGCCUGUGUUGAACGGAGAGCAAAAGAGCGUAACUGUUGAAAUGACCAUUAAUAAUGAAACCAGAGCAUUCGGAUCAACUCUAAGCUACCAUAUCUCGAAGAAAUAUGGAGAAGAAGGACUUCCCGAAAACAGUAUUAAUAUCAAACUUAAGGGCUCUGCGGGACAGAGCUUCUGCGCGUUUAUGACUAAGGGUGUCCACGUGACUCUGGAAGGAGAUGCCAAUGAUUACGUGGGUAAAGGUCUCUGCGGUGGUGAGAUUGUCAUCUACCCACCCAAGGAGUCUGAGUUCAACUCUGAAGCCAACGUGAUUGUCGGAAACGUCUGUCUGUAUGGUGCGACCUCCGGUCGGGCUUACUUCCGUGGUAUUGCAGCUGAGAGGUUCAGCGUUCGAAACAGCGGAGCCGUCGUCGUAGUCGAGGGAGUCGGGGAUCACGGAUGCGAGUACAUGACUGGCGGAUGCGCUCUCAUUCUGGGAUUGACCGGGAGGAACUUUGCCGCUGGUAUGUCUGGUGGUAUCGCUUACGUGCUCGACGUUGAUGGAUCAUUCAAGAGUAAAUGUAACCCGGAAAUGGUAGAAUUGUUGCCACUCAACGGCAAGAAAGACAUCGAUUACGUUCAGAAGUUGUUGGAGGAAUUUGUAGAGAAAACUGGAUCACUAAUUGCACAGGAGCUUCUUCAGAUAUGGCCUGAGCCAACCAACCGCUUCUUCAAGGUAUUCCCGUAUGAAUACCAACGAGCUUUGAAGCAAUUAGAAGAAGAGCAAGCUAUGAAAGAAACUCAAAAGGAAAUUAAGGCACCAGAGCCCCUUGCUAUCACGAAUGGAAAUGGAAAAGCUGAUACUGUGAUGGAUAUAGAAGAUGUUGUAGCCGACGCUGAAAUAGCACAAAAGAAACUUGACAAAAUCAAGGGAUUCAUGAAGUAUAAGCGGCAAACUGGUCACUAUAGACCAGUUGAGAAGCGUGUUGAAGACUGGAAUGAAAUCUACAAUUUCCAGGGUGUAAGGAAAGGGCUCAAGGUUCAGGCUGCUCGGUGCAUGGAGUGCGGAGUCCCAUUCUGUCAGAGCAGUCAUGGUUGUCCGCUUGGAAAUAUCAUACCAAAAUGGAACGAUCUCGUAUUCCAAGACAACUGGAAAGAAGCUCUUAACCAACUUCUUCAGACUAACAACUUCCCAGAAUUUACUGGAAGAGUAUGUCCAGCGCCUUGCGAGGGUGCUUGCGUCCUCGGCAUCUCAGAACCCGCCGUCACAAUAAAAAAUAUCGAGUGCGCUAUCAUUGAUCAUGCUUUCGAGCAAGGAUGGAUCGUGGCUCAUCCACCUGCCAAGAGGAGUGGCAAGAAGAUAGCCGUGAUUGGGUCAGGUCCUGCAGGUCUUGCUGCUGCGCACCAACUGAAUAAGGCUGGCCAUUUAGUCACUGUAUUCGAGAGAAACGAUCGAGUUGGUGGUCUCCUGCAAUAUGGUAUUCCUACGAUGAAGCUUUCGAAAGAGGUUGUACAAAGGCGAGUCAAUUUACUCAUCGAAGAGGGCAUUACUUUCAAAACUGGUGUCAAUGUUGGAAAGACUGUUACUGUAAAUGAAUUAAGACAAGAGUAUGACGCAGUUUUAAUUUGUACUGGAGCUACAUGGCCAAGAGAUCUUCCAAUUCCUGGACGUCAAUUACAAGGCAUUCAUUUUGCCGUAAGCUUCCUUGAACACUGGCAGAAGAAACAAAUGGGAAAUAAGGAUCCUUUGAAGCCAGAGCUGAUGGCCAAAGGAAAAGAUGUGAUUAUUAUUGGAGGUGGUGAUACUGGUUGUGAUUGCAUUGCAACAUCACUGAGGCAGGGGGCUAAAUCCAUUGUCACAUUCGAGAUUCUACCUGAACCACCGAAGAGCAGGGCAGAUGAUAAUCCUUGGCCGCAAUUCCCUAGGAUAUUUAAAAUGGAUUAUGGCCACGAGGAAGUCGUACACAGAUUUGGAGAAGACCCUCGACGAUUUAGCACACUCAGCAAGGAAUUUCUCGAUGAUGGAAAAGGAAAUGUAACCGGUAUUAAAACAGUCAAUGUCAAGUGGACAAAGGAUGAGGCUGGCCAAUGGAAGAUGAAUGAAGUUCCUAAUUCUGAAAAGGUAUAUAAAUGUGAUUUAGUAUUACUUGCUAUGGGUUUCUUGGGUCCGGAGAAAUAUAUAGCCGAAGAAUUGGCGACCAAAAUGGAUGGUCGUGGAAAUUAUGAAACGCCUGCUGGCAAAUAUGAAACAAGCGUACCUGGAAUCUUUGCUGCUGGAGAUUGUCGAAGAGGUCAAUCUCUGGUGGUCUGGGCAAUUACGGAAGGAAGACAAGCAGCUCGUGAAGUAGAUUUGGCCUUAAUGAAACAAACUUGUCUCCCUGAAAUUGGAGGCAUUGUCACCACUGUUACGAAUGCAAUAUAAGCAUAUUCUUCCAAUUUCGUGGAGUAGUUUUUACAUACACGCACUACCACAUUUAUUGGUCCCUCCGUGAGGAAUGAAUUUUUGAGAAUUAGCUAUAUUUUGCAGUUGCAAGAUCUGAUUAUGCAAAAUUUUAAUCGUUUAGAAAGAUUAGAAUGAUGAUUUAAUCGAAGGCUUUUUCUAAUAAAUCAGCACUGCGGAUAUCUCUCUAAAAUGCACACACAUGUGUACAUUAGUUUUGUCGGAUUUCGUGUUAAAAUCUUAAGAACCUAUAUCAGAUCCGUCAAAUUACCGUAUCGUAUUCGUUUAAAAAUAUAAAAAAUAUAUAUAUUUUAAAUUGCUAUUAAGUCACGCAACGACUUUUUUAGCUGGUAAUUAUAUUGCAUAUCAAGCAAUACCAUAUGCUUCUAAACUGCAAAAUUCACCCACUUACGAGCGAUAAGGAAGUUCAGACGCUUUGCAUUCCUUGAUUAAAUUAACGUUUUUUGCGUCUACGCUUUUAAACCCACUAAUCAUAGUAUUGCUCGAGCGAUAUAGCUGUAGAGAGGCAGAAACUGUGCCGGCUCGUGAGUUAUCAGUAUAAGUUUUUUUCGGUUCUUUUUUUAUUUUCAUAGUUUUAUUAUUUUAGUCUGUUAGCAACGUAAGAUCUAAUGUCAUUUUACUUACGUAGAAUGUAAUUUAUUUUUUAAUUGCUCUAAUAUGAGGAAAAUGUAUAGAUUUAUAUUUCAUUCAUCUUGAAUUUCUAUACAAGGAAAUCCGUUUACUCGACAGUUGUUUUUUUAAUACCGUCAUUUGUAUAAUGCUGCAAAUUUACAUGCGUA